GUGGGGGGCGGUAGUCGGGGUGGUGGGAGAAGGAGGAGGCGGCGGCGGCGAAUCCCUAUAAAUGGCGCCGAAGCAGGACCCGAAGCCUAAAUUCCAGGAGGGUGAGCGAGUGCUGUGCUUCCACGGGCCCCUUCUCUAUGAAGCCAAGUGUGUAAAGGUUGCCAUAAAGGACAAACAAGUGAAAUACUUUAUACAUUACAGCGGUUGGAAUAAAAAAGGUGCUGGGCGGCCCAGGCGCUCUGAACACGCGUGGAAGACACGUGAGGAUAUUGUAGCCCUUUUUCCUGUUCCUGAAGGAGCUCCCUCAGUACACCACCCCCUCCUGACCUCUAGCUGGGAUGAGUGGGUCCCGGAGAGCAGAGUGCUCAAGUACGUGGACACCAACCUGCAGAAGCAGCGCGAACUGCAAAAGGCCAAUCAGGAGCAGUAUGCAGAGGGGAAGAUGAGAGGGGCGGCCCCAGGGAAGAAGACGGCGGGACUGCAGCAGAAGAGCGUGGAAGUGAAAACAAAAAAGAACAAACAGAAAACACCUGGGAAUGGAGACGGUGGCAGCACCAGCGAGACCCCUCAGCCUCCUCGCAAGAAGAGGGCGCGAGUGGAUCCGACUGUGGAAAACGAGGAGACGUUCAUGAACAGAGUGGAAGUCAAGGUGAAGAUUCCUGAGGAGCUGAAACCAUGGCUGGUUGACGACUGGGACUUAAUCACCCGUCAGAAGCAGCUCUUUUAUCUUCCUGCCAAGAAGAAUGUGGAUUCCAUCCUGGAGGAUUACGCAAAUUACAAGAAAUCUCGUGGGAACACGGAUAAUAAGGAGUAUGCUGUGAAUGAAGUGGUGGCCGGGAUCAAGGAGUACUUCAACGUCAUGCUGGGCACGCAGCUGCUCUACAAGUUCGAGAGGCCGCAGUACGCCGAGAUCCUCGCGGACCACCCUGACGCGCCCAUGUCCCAGGUGUACGGAGCGCCGCAUCUACUGAGACUGUUUGUACGCAUCGGCGCCAUGCUGGCCUACACGCCUCUGGACGAGAAGAGCCUGGCCUUGUUACUGAAUUACCUGCACGAUUUCCUCAAGUAUCUGGCAAAGAACUCGGCGACUUUGUUCAGCGCCAGCGACUACGAAGUGGCCCCUCCCGAGUACCACCGGAAAGCCGUGUGAGGCGCUCCCCUCCCGUUGGGAUCCCGGCCACGCUUUCUGUCCUUAGUCCUCCUGUACAAACGCUGUACUUCGGAAAUGUUAGUGUAUAACAGAAUCGGUGUUGUUUUCUGUUGGAUUUUAAACAGAGAAAAUAAAAGGGGUUCCAGCUCCUUUUUCCUUUC